AUGCUCGACCCAGCUACAAUACCCGAAUUACCUGGGCAGGCCACCCAUGCCAGCAGGUCGGCGUCGACCUCGUCUACUGAUCGGACAGCUAACGUGGAAGAUGAAGCCGAGCCGACGCAGAUACCUCCCAAAAAUCAGCGCCAAAUCCUCAAAUUGGCAAGACGCUUCACGCAAGACUCAGUACAUGAGUGGCCGCACGGGUCCUCCAUCAAUCCCUUCACAGAUGCAGAGGAUACGUGCCUGGAUCCCAACUCUCCCAAAUUCAGCGCCAAGAGAUGGGUGCAGGCCUUAGUUGAAUUGACCUCGCAGGAUCCUGAGCGGUACCCCAAGCGCAAAGCGGGUGUGUCCUACCGUCAUCUCAGCGUGGGUGGAUACGGAGGUGGCGCUGCUUACCAGCCAACUGUUGCGAACGUCGUGCUGCAGGGGUUGAGGGAUUUGAUGGUCGGUUUGGUCCCCGGAAGAAGACGUGAGGUACGGAUUUUGAGAGAACACGAUGGCAUUGUCUGCAGCGGCGAGAUGCUCCUAGUCCUAGGAAAGCCAGGAAGUGGCGUAUCCACCCUCUUGAAAACCAUUGCAGGCCAUACUAAUGGACUAUCGGUGGCAGAUUCCACAGAGCUCCGUUAUGAAGGCAUUCCAUGGAAGACAAUGCAUCGCAAAUUUCGCGGGGAUGUGAUUUACCAGGCCGAGACAGAUGUUCAUUUCCCGCAUCUUACAGUCGGACAGACGCUGUUGUACGCAGCUCUAGCCAAAACCCCUCGGAACCGGCUCCCAGGUGUAUCCCGGGAAACCUAUGCAACUCACCUCCGCGAUGUAGUUAUGGCGGUGUUUGGUAUCUCACACACCAUCAACACCAAGGUUGGGGAUGAUUUCAUCCGCGGGGUGAGUGGCGGAGAGAGGAAGCGUGUCAGCAUUGCGGAAACAUGCCUGACACAAAGCUGUAUCCAAUGCUGGGACAACAGCUCCCGUGGGCUGGACAGCGCCACCGCGCUGCAGUUUAUUCAAACGGUCCGACUGGGCGUCAAGAUGACCGGUACUGCAGCUGUGGUUGCUCUCUACCAGGCUUCGCAACAGGCCUACGAUUGCUUUGACAAAGUGACAGUACUCUAUGAAGGUCGACAGAUCUACUUUGGCCCGGUAGAUCGAGCAAAGCAGUACUUCAUUGACAUGGGCUAUCUUUGUCCUGACCGACAAACGACAGGAGACUUCCUUACCUCAUUGACCAACCCCGUGGAACGCAUUAUUCGACCCGGCUUCGAAGCUCGAGUGCCCAGAACACCCGACGAAUUCGCUGAAGCCUGGAGACAAAGUCAACUGAAUACUGAGCUUUGCAAGGAGAUCGACCACUUCAACCAACAACAUGACGCAGAGGUUGUUUUUGAGAAGUUCGCGGCCUCCAAGAAGGCGGAAAGAUCUCGGUUGAUAGGCUACCGCAGAGUCUUGGGCGACUCAACGUUCUUCUUUGUUACUGUGCUGGGGAAUUUCUUCCUUUCCCUGGUCCUGGGCAGUGUGUUCUACGACCUAGAAGACUCGAGCGCCAGCUUCGUCGAUCGCUGCGUGCUUCUGUUCUUCGCCGUGCUAUUCAAUGCUCUGAGCAGCGCUCUAGAAAUCCUAGCGCUGUACGCUCAACGACCCAUCGUCGAGAAACAUGCCGCCUACGCCUUCUACCACCCGAUGUCCGAAGCCGUGGCAUCCAUGAUCUGCGAUUUGCCCAGCAAGGUGCUCUCCACCAUCGGCUUCAACAUCCCCUUAUACUACAUGUCCAACCUGCGGCGCGACUCCGACCAUGUGGUAAUCUACCUGUUGUUCGCUUUCAUGACGACCCUAACCAUGUCCAUGAUCUUCCGAACGAUUGCCCAGUCCACGCGCACGAUCCCGCAGGCGCUUACGCCUAUCGCCUUGGGCGUCCUCGCGCUGGUGGUCUACACGGGCUUUGUGCUACCGACCCGCAACAUGCAGGGCUGGCUGCGGUGGAUUAACUACAUCAACCCAAUCGCGUACUCGUACGAGACGCUGGUGGCCAACGAGUUCCACGGCCGCUACUUCGAGUGUGCCAGUUUCGUGCCUUCGGGGCCAGGAUAUCAGGACAUUGCGAGUGAGUACAGAACGUGUGCCGUGGCCGGUGCGUCGACCACCUCGAGCCUGGUCAGCGGUGAUGCCUACGUGGCGGCCAACUAUAGCUAUUACUUCUCGCAUACAUGGAGGAACUUCGGCAUCCUUAUUGCCUUCAUCCUCUUUUUCAUGAUGAUGUACCUAGUGAUUGCAGAGUUUGUGAUAUUCGACCAUUCCAAAGGCGAGGUCCUCAUUUUCCAACGCAAGUCACAAGCAACCAGUGCCACCGGACAUGCAAGCCAUGACGAGGAAACCGGCAAGAGCGAGGCCGCAACGACAGUCGACCAUGUUGCGGUAUCUGACCGUGAGCUCAACCUCCAACUCCAAUCCAACACCCUUCAUUGGAAAGAUGUGUGCUACGAUGUACCGAUCAAAGGCGAGAUGCGCCGCAUAUCCGACCACAUUGACGGAUGGGUGACACCCGGGACACUAACUGCAUUGAUGGGAGCCUCAGGCGCGGGUAAAACCACGCUCCUCGAUCUCCUUGCCAGCAGAGUCAAGACCGGGGUGGUGUCCGGGGAAGUCUUUGUCAAUGGAGUCCCUCGCGACGCCUCGUUCCAGAGAAGGGUAGGCUAUGUUCAGCAGCAGGACGUCCAUCUCGAGACCAGUACUAUUCGCGAAGCGCUACGAUUCAGUGCCCUGCUCCGACAGCCUGCCUCGGUGAGCAAAGCGGACAAGUAUCGGUACGUCGAGGAGGUGAUUGACUUGCUGGAAAUGCGGCCAUACGCGGAUGCAGUCGUCGGUGUUCCCGGUGAGGGCCUGAAUGUUGAGCAGAGGAAGCGAUUGACUAUCGGGGUGGAACUCGCUGCAAAGCCCGAUCUACUGGUCUUCCUUGACGAACCAACCUCGGGCUUGGACAGCCAGACUGCUUGGUCGAUAACCUUGCUACUACGCAAGCUAUCCAACCACGGGCAGGCGAUCCUAUGCACUAUCCACCAACCCUCAGCCAUUCUCUUCGAACAGUUCGACCGUCUACUCCUCCUGGCCAAGGGCGGUCGCACGGUCUACUUCGGACCGAUAGGACAGAACUCCCAGGUGCUGACCAGCUACUUCGAACAACACGGUGCCAGGCUGUGUACCCGAGAAGAGAAUCCGGCUGAAUGGAUGCUAGAAGUGAUCGGGGCAGCACCUGGCACGCAAUCCACGCACGACUGGCCAGCCACAUGGAAGGGGAGUCGUGAAUACCAGGAGGUGCGACAAGAGCUGCAGCGACUUGAGGAGCGCAAGCCCUCGACGCAAAGCUCUGGAGUCAAUUCAAACCAGCAAUACGCGGCCCCGUUUCUGACCCAGCUCCAACUGUGUACCCAGCGAGUGAUGGAGCAGUACUGGCGAACGCCCUCCUACAUCUACGCGAAGCUCAUCCUCUGCUUUGGCGCGGCCCUCUUCAUCGGCCUCUCCUUCCUGAACACCAAGAUCACCAUCCUCGGCCUGCAGCACCAGACGUACGCGAUCUUCAUGCUCCUCGUCAUCUUCGCCUUCCUGGCCUACCAGACUAUGCCCAACUUCAUCAAGCAGCGCGAUCUGUACGAGGUCCGCGAACGGCCCGCCAAGACCUACGCCUGGUCGGCCUUCAUGCUGGCCAACAUCUUCGCCGACCUGCCCUGGAACUCGCUGGCGGCGGUGCUGAUCUACCUCCCGUUCUACUAUCUGAUCGGCAUGGAUCGCAACGCCCAGGAAACGCACGCCACGCGCGAGCGCGGCGGGCUGAUGUUCCUGCUCAUCUGGUCCUUCCUGAUGCACUGCGGCACGUUCACGAUCAUGAUGGUGGCAGGCGUGGCGACGGCCGAGGUGGGCGCGACGUUGGCGCUGCUGCUGUUCUGCAUGUGCUUGAUUUUCUGCGGUGUAUUGGCCUCCCCCGCAGCCCUCCCGGGCUUCUGGAUUUUCAUGUACCGCGUCUCCCCGCUCACCUACCUGGUCAGCGGCAUGCUCUCGACCGGCCUCGCCAACACGGAAGUCCAAUGCUCCGACCUGGAACUGAUCACGGUCCAGCCCUCAGCCAACCAGACCUGCGGCAGCUAUCUGGCCGCGUACAUGCAGCUGGCCGGCGGCGCCCUCGCCAACCCGCAGGCCACGCGGGACUGCGCCUACUGCCAAAUGACGGACUCGAACGUGUACCUGACCGAGCUCUCGGCGGAGUAUGCGGAUCGCUGGCGGAAUUUUGGGCUCAUGUGGGUGUACAUCGGGUUUAAUGUGGUUGCGGCGAUGGGGUUGUAUUGGGGGGUGCGGGUGUGGGGUGGGGUGGAUGUAUCGCGGUUGUGGCGGUGGGUGAAACGGGGUUAG